AUGGCCAACAGUGUGAUGCGCCGCUGGGCAUGGUCCUGGGCCGCGUUGGCCCUGGUGCUUGGGCUGCUGGGCCGGUCGCUCGGUCAGGACAUCCACCUGCUUGCGGCCUCGCGGCCGAGCAUGGCCCUCGACAGGGCGGUGUCCUUUGUGCCGGUCGGCUCGGACAACUCGGCGGUUCUCUACCGUGAGAGUGGGUCCCAAUUCCGGACCCACUCCAGUGUCUGGCCUCCGGGCCAGGCGCUCGAGAGUCGCUGGGGGCCGUUCUUCCGGGAGAAUUACCAGGCCCGGAAUUCCCCCUGGCCGGACACCCCCCUGUCGACGACCAUCCUGCUGGCACUCCACCCGACCAGUCUCCCGACCCUGGUGGAGCAGAAUGCCAACAAGGUGGGCCUCUUCCAGGCCCUCUCUCGGCAUGGGCUUCCCGAGCCGCAGGCGGAGCUACUGGCGGCGGUGGACUCGCCGCCCGGGGGGGUGGAGCUCCUUGGGCUGACCGGCGAGCCGGGCUCCGAGCGGGGGAUUUUCCUGGCCCGACUGACGAGCAGCGAUCUGGUCCAACGGCCUCACACUCUCCGGCCGGCCACCGGCCAGGUCCUGGUCACCAGCGGCUUUGGCAGGAGCUUCUACCUGGUGGACGAUGGGGGCCUCAGGCGGGUGACCAUCGGGCCGGACGACAAUGUCCAAUGUCUGACCAUUCCCAGCAGCGGCAGGGUACUACAGCUGGAAGCCACGCGCCUUUCGGGGUCCUCGGGUGUCGAAGGCGAUGCGGCGGAUGUGGCCAUGCUGCUGGAAGACGGGGAAGUGAGGGUCUACCUUCGCCUGGGAGACCCGAGCGGGGUGGUGCUUUCCGGCGGCCAGCUGCCGGCCGGGGUAUCGGCGCACGGGGCUCGGCUGCUGGUGGCCCCGGCGUCCGCCAGCCGGGACUACCACUCGCCGAUGUAUCUGCUGAAUCCGGCAGCAAGCACCUUGGAGGACCGGGUGUGGUACAUUUCCAUCGCCGGCCAAGCGCUGACUUGGCAGCGGGCGAUUUUGCCACCGGCCGCCGGCAGCCCGUCGACACUGCAGCUGGUCCUGUCGAAUGUGGAGGCCCCCUUGGACAGGUGGCAUCUGGUGGAUUCGAACCACCGGCUGCUGUUCGAUCCGGCCUUCUUCCGGUGCUCCGAGGACCCGAGCAUCGUGUGCGAUCGGGACGGCUCGCGCACUGGCUCGGACCUUGGCUGGAGGUGUGCCUCGGAACGCGUCGAGUCGCCGCUUGUGUCGCUGGAGAGGCUCUGCGCCGGGUGCCCCGAUGGGUGGUACUUGGACCGGCCGACCGCUGGCUCGCCCUUCGCCCACCCGGAUCAUGCAUGUCGGCCCUGUGCCGAGGCCCGGUGCCGGACAUGCGGCCCGACACACUGCUUUGUGUGCGCCGAGCCGUACCUGCUGGAGCCCAGCGGCCCGGGUGGCGUGUUCACCUGCGUGGAGGGCUGCUCCUCCGGGUAUCGGCAUGUGGGCGGGAUGUGUUUGCCCAGUAGCCGGCCCCUGCCACUGGCGGGCAUCAGCACCCCCGUGACGCGGGAUCUCGGUGUGGAAUUGGCCCCGGGGGACCGGAUAACGGCCGUCGGAAGGACGUGGCUUUCGGCGGACCCGCACUCGGAACAGGUCAUCCUACCGGCCAGCACUUCGGGCCCGGCCACCGGGGUGCUUAUUUUUACGGAACACCCCCGGGCAUAUAUCCAAACAAUGGACGCCCUCACCGGGAGGGGCCAGUCUCCGGCGCGGCAGGUCCCCCUCCUGGGCGGGGCUUUCAGCGCGCCGGUCCUGGGCUUUGCCGAAAUGGGCCCCUUCCGGCGGGACGGCCAGCUGGUGUAUGUCCUGGUGGCGGCCCUCCAAGGGGGGCAGGCCUCGAGGCUGGAGCUGUCCUGCUCGGGCACGGGCCCCUGUCCGGCCGGGGCGAAUGCCAGCCUGACCCCAGUGUCCACCGAAAGCUCCAACAUGGUGUGGCGCUUUGAUGAGGAUUUGCUUGCCAUCAGCAAGGGCCCCCGGGGGGUGUUGCUCUACCGGCCGGACCCGAGCUACCGCGGCGUCAUUUACCAUCACAACUUGGCGGCCGGCGUGGCGAGCCUCCGUUCGGGUCCGGCCUUGGACCGGGCGCCGCUGGCGGCCGGCAACCACUGGAUGGUGGCAUCCGGCGCCGGGUCGAAGCCCAGUGCCUUUCCGAUUGCCAUGGGCGAGGCAUCGGGCUUCCAAUGGCCGCCCUUGGCCGGGCGUCUUUUGUCGGGCCUGCCCGACAGCGACACCGACAUGGUGCCGGUGAUGCUGGCCCGGGACUUGGAUGCCUGGGUGCCGGGGGAGUUGGUAUUCUCGAACACCCUCGGCCCGCGCUGGGAGGUGCUCCAUGUGCCGGGGGACAUGGUGCCGGCCGGCCGAGCGGUGGACUUGCCCUUUGUCCGGCGGGCGCUCGGGACCUUCCCCCGGGCCUUGGAGCCGGCCACCGCGGAGCAUGGGAAUGUUCUUUUGCAGGCGAUCGACCUGCCCGGGGCGAAUGGCCGAUACCCGAGUGGGCUGCUGCUGCUGUCGCGGACCUUCAUCGGGCUGUCGCUGCUGCACUGUCCGAGCGGCUCGGCCGGGCCGUGUGCCCUGCUCCCGGCCACGUUUGUGGAUCUUCCGCCGGCGUUGCGCCUGCCGCCAGGCACGCUCUUCUGGAACCCGGCCACGGUCCAUGUGCCGGCGGUGGCGGCCGGGUCCAUGCGCACGGAAGCCGACCCGGCGCCGGUGGAGGUGAGCUUUUUGAUCUUCGCCCCGGCCGUCGGGCCGGUGGCAUUGGCCCUGACGGUGGCCUGCCCCGGCGGCGGGCAUGGGCCCAUGUGCGAUGGCUGCCAUCCGCGGUGUGCGGUGUGCGGGGGCCCGGCCAAUGCCGGGGACUGUGUCACAUGCGUGUCGGGGGCGUGGCUUCACGGGCGAAGCUGCGUCACCGAAUGCCCGGCGGGUACGUGGCCCGAUGUGCAGGCCUGCCAGGCCUGCCCGGCGGACUGUGCCAGCUGCACCUCGGGCACCGAGUGUACCCGAUGCAUGGCGGGGCACUUUCGCACUGGGCAGCUCACAUGCCAGGCAUGUGACGAGUCGUGCGCCAGUUGCACCGGCGCCGAUGGCUGUGACACCUGCCAGCCGGGGCUGGUGUUCAUGGGACUCGACCCGGGGGUGCCCUCGUUGUGUGGCUCCGCCUGCCGCCCGGGGGAGCAUGUGGCCGAUGGCCGGUGCGCCGAAUGCCAUGCCAGCUGCGAGCUGUGCUUCGGGGCUGCGGCCUCGUGCCAAGUGUGCGCCGAGGGGUUCCGGUGGGCGAGUCGGCCGGCGCCCGGGGGCACCGGCGCGUGCGUCCCCUGCGGGCCGGGCUGUGCCUCUUGCACGGCGACCAAGUGCCUGGCCUGCGAGGCCGGGCUCUUCCUUGCACCGGACGGGGCAUGCGAAGGCACCUGCCCGGCCGGGACCUGGCCCAAUGGGGAGUCCUGCCAGCCGUGCGACCUUUCGUGUGCCGCCUGCGCCGGCGGCCAGAGCACCGACUGUGUCGGUUGCCCUCCGGGCCUGGAGCUCCUGGAUGCCGGCAUGCCGCCGGUGGGCAGCUGCGUGUCUGGCUGUGCGGCCGGCCAGUAUCGAGACCCCGGGUCGGAUGCCUGCCUUGCCUGCGACCGGGCAUGUGCCGCGUGCAAUGGGCCCAGUGACGGGGAUUGCUGGCGUUGUGCCGAUGGCGUGCUGCAGGAUGGCGACUGCGUGCAAGUGUGCGCUUCGGACCAUGUGGCCGUGGCGGGUCGGUGCUUGCCAUGCCAUGCAUCGUGUGGCGAGUGUUCCGGGGUCCGGAGCACCGAGUGCAGCACAUGCCAGGCGGGCCUGCUGGCCCUGGUGACCGGGCCGGGGUCGAUGCGCUGCGUGCCGGCCUGCCCGGCGGCGUACCAUGCAUCGAGCACGGCAUGCACGCCGUGUCCCUUGCGGUGUGCCAGCUGCCCGGACGCGGCCUCCACCUGCGGCCAGUGCGAGCGCGGAUGGCUGCUGGCCGGGGCGGCGUGCGUGCAGACCUGCCCGGCGGACCGGCUGGCCCUGGGGCACGAGUGCGUCGCGUGCCAUUCGGCCUGCGACUGGUGCUUCGGCCCGCGGGCGGACCAGUGUCUCGCCUGCGAGGCCGCGACCCCGUUCCUGGUGGAUGGCCGGUGUGUGGGGGUCUGCCCGGAGGGGACGUUCGCCGAUCGGAACACUUGCAUGCCCUGCGGCGCCACAUGUGCCUCAUGGGCCCUGGCCAGCGAGUGUACCUCGUGCGCGGGAGAUCGCGCCCUGCUGGGGGUGUCUGUGGGGCCGGCUGCCCGGAGGGGCACUUUGCCGAGGCCCAUGUGUGCCUCGGCUGCGGGGCCUUCUGUGCCUCGUGCCAAGGGGCGGAUGCCUGCGCCGGCUGCUUCGACGGCAUGGUCCUUCAGCCGGAUGGGGGCUGCGCUUCGGUCUGCCCGGCAGGCUGGGCGGCCUGCGGCCACUCGGGCCGGUGUGUGGCCUGCCCGGAGCCCUGUGCCGAGUGCAUGGCACAUGGGCCGGAAUGCGGGGUCCAGUGCACGGCGUGUCGGCCGGGCCAUGUUUUGGGGGAGGGAACCUGCUGGCUGGCCUGCCCGGAGGGGCAGUUCCUGCCGGAAGGCGGGGCGGUCUGCCGGCAGUGCGCCGAGGCGUGCGGCACCUGCCUCGGCACGGCCGACUGGUGCACCGGGUGUGUGUCGGGGCUUCUCCGGCCGAGUGAGGGAAUGUGUGCGCCGGGCUGUGGCCCUGCCUCGGGGCCCUUCAAGGGGGUUUGUUUGA